AUGUCAUUUAUCGAAUUAAUAGGGAUAGACAAUUAAGAGAUCGAAUUUGAAGAAAAUAAAAAUAGUGUGUAUUUUAACUCACUAAUCUAAGCAAGGAAAUUAAAUUAUAGUCAUUGUUAAACUAGAGCAAAGAAUUACUAUUAAAGUCAAAACAACAGAUCCUGAUGUAUUUUAAGUUGUAGGCAAACCAUAAGUAUUAUCGAAAAGAGUCUUUUUAAUCAAAGCUAAUAGUGCCAAGAAAAGAGACAAAUGAAAAAAUUUAUUGAAGUUCAUGAUUAUGAAGGCAUUUAUGAAACACUUAAUUUAAAACCUCCCAAUAGUAUUUGACAAAUUCUUUUGAAAGUUAGAGUGUGGAGUAAUAAAACUACACAAUAAAUAAAUAAUUGAAUAAUAACAAUCUAAAAUUCUUAGUGAUAGGUAAAUCGAUUAGAUUGUUGAAUUCAAAUUGAUUUUUCAAACUUACAAAUUUGGAAAUCCUCAAAAAUUCCUAUCCUCUCAUUAUCAAUUUGACAAUAUUAUAGAAAAAUAGAAAAUUAAAUUUUAGACCAUGUAUCAAUAAAAAAGUCAAAUCAAUAAAUCAAAACUUCUGACUUAACCUUAAAAAAAUAAAAAUAUGAAUAAUAUGUAAUAUUAACUCAUGAAUAAGAAAAAGAGCUAUCUAUUUAAAUUAAGUGAAUUGAAAAUAAACUAUGAUUAGAAUGCUUGCUAAAACAUGAAUAAUAUUUUAUUUAUUUUUAAAUAUUUUUAUUGUGAAGUUAUAUUUGUUGUUGUAAUUUUGAAAAUGCUUUCAGAUAUCAAACAAUUUGAAUAAGAACAUAAAGAAGAAAUGAAACUUCUUUAAUAAAAGUAUGAAUAAAAGGUAUUCAAUUAUUCUAUUUUUAAUAAGAUAGAGCUCUUAUCAUAAAAAAUUGACAUCUUAUAAAAAGAAUUAGAAGUUAAAGACAAUAUUUAUUCAGAUCUUAAAAACAGAUCUAUUUUAAAUGAUGAAUCCAAGAUUUAAAAAACUGAUGAAGAUGUUUAGGAUUUUGGUGCCACAAUCUAAAAGUUUCAUAAAUAAAAAGAAAGAGAAAUGAUGAAAAUUAAAAAGAAUUAUUAAAAAGAAUUAAUUCAUAAUUAGAAGUUAUUAAGAAAAAAAGAUGCUACUAUUGAAUAACUAUAACAAGAAAUUUCAUAAUACAAAUAAGCAGCAUCAUAGAAUAUGGAUAAUCAAAAAAUUUUGUUGCUCUCCAAAUUAAUUGAUUUAGCAAAUGAAAUUCAUAAAUAACUCUGA